GACCAGAGCUAAGGUGCUAGUAGAGGAACGCCUACUAAACACCCUGGACCAGAGCUAAGGUGUUAGUAGAGGAACGCCUACUAAACACCCUGGACCAGAGCUAAGGUGUUAGUAGAGGAACGCCUACUAAACACCCUGGACCAGAGCUAAGGUGCUAGUAGAGGAACGCCUACUAAACACCCUGGACCAGAGCUAAGGUGUUAGUAGAGGAAGAACCUACUAAACAACCUGGACCAGAGCUAAGGUGUUAGUAGAGGAAGAACCUACUAAACAACCUGGACCAGAGCUAAGGUGUUAGUAGAGGAACGCCUACUAAACACCCUGGACCAGAGCUAAGGUGUUAGUAGAGGAAGAACCUACUAAACACCCUGGACCAGAGCUAAGGUGUUAGUAGAGGAUUACGUACUAACACCCUGGACCAGAGCUAAGGUGUUAGUAGAGGAACGCCUCCUAAACACCCUGGACCAGAGCUAAGGUGUUAGUAGAGAAACGCCUACUAAACACCCUGGACUAGAGCUAAGGUGUUAUAGUAGAGGAACGCCUACUAAACACCCUGGACCAGAGCUAAGGUGUUAGUAGAGGAAUACGUCGUAACACCCUGGACCAGAGCUAAGGUGUUAGUGGAGGACCGCCUACUAAACAACCUGGACCAGAGCUAAGGUAUUAGUAGAGGAACGCCUACUACACAACCUGGACCAGAGCUAAGCAGAGCAGCGGGAGGAAGCAGGACGUGUGGAAAAGGAGUCAGCGAACCACACAGAGAGAGAGAGGAAAAGCCUACUUCAGCUAGGAGCCGCCCCCUUUCUCUGACAUGCCCAGUGUCCUGUCUGUGUUAUGGAACAACAUGUAACGCCCUGCGAGGAUGCGCCCCCACCGCUGAUGUACCGUGUGGAACGGCCUGUGUUCGAUGAGGCCUACCUUCACACCCAGCUCCUGCACCCGAGAGAGAGGAGCCCCAAGACCAUCAGACAGAGACUGGCACAGCAGCUCCACUGCUCAUCAGAGAGGGCCAAAGCCAUUGCUCUGAGCUUCCUGCCCAUUUUAACAUGGCUGCCGUCCUACCCUGUCAAAGAGUACCUGUUUGGGGACCUGGUCUCAGGGCUCAGCACAGGGGUCAUGCAGCUACCUCAAGGUCUUGCCUAUGCCAUGCUGGCAGCCGUGCCUCCUGUGUAUGGCCUGUACUCCUCCUUCUACCCCGUCCUGCUCUACACCUUCUUUGGGACCUCUAGACACAUAUCUAUAGGCACGUUUGCAGUGAUCAGCCUGAUGAUUGGAGGAGUGGUGGUGAGGGAGGCCCCUGACUCCAUGUUCACGAUCCAGGCCCUGAAUGGUACCGCCACCAACACCACCGUCUUCAUCGACACAGAGGCCCGCGAUGCCAGGAGGGUCCACGUAGCUGUAGUCCUCACCACCCUGGUGGGAGUCAUACAGCUGGUCCUGGGGUUGUUGCGCUUUGGCUUUGUGGCCAUCUACCUCACGGAGCCCCUGGUACGCGGAUUCACCACGGCCGCGGCUGUCCACGUCUUCAUCUCUCAGCUGAAAUACCUGCUGGGCAUCCAAACCCCGCGCUUCAGUGGGCCCCUGUCCGCUCUUCACAGUGUCACGGCCGUGUUCAGUGACAUCACCAGCACCAACGUGACCACGUUGAUUGUGGGCGGGGUCUGCAUGGUGGUCCUCUACUGCGUGAAGGACCUCAACGAGCGCUUCAAGAAGAAGCUGCCUGUGCCCAUCCCAGGAGAGAUCAUUGUGGUCAUGGUCUCAACGGGGAUCUCCUAUGGCCUCAGUCUGUCAGAGAACUACCAAGUGGACGUGGUCAGGACAAUUCCAUCCGGGCUGCUCCCACCUACAAUCCCAGACUUCUCUCUGUUGCCCAACUUGGUAACGGAUUCUAUUGCCAUAGCGGUGGUGGGCUUCUCCAUGGGAAUCUCUCUGGCCAAGAUCUUUGCUCUGAAACACGGCUACAGUGUGGAUGGUAACCAGGAGCUGAUUGCCCUGGGCCUGUGUAACUUUGUCAGCUCUUUCUUCCACACCUUCGCCAUCACCUGUUCCAUGUCCCGCAGUCUGGUGCAGGAGAGCACCGGGGGCAAUACGCAGAUUGCGGGUCUGUUGGCGUCCAUGGUGGUGUUGCUGGUGGUGGUGGCCAUUGGUUUUGUCUUCCAGCCUCUGCCACAGACCGCGCUGGCUGCCAUCAUCAUGGUUAACCUGCUGGGGAUGUUUAAACAAUUCAGGGACAUCCCUGCCCUGUGGAGGACCAGCAAGAUUGAGUUGGCCAUCUGGCUGGUAGCCUUUGUGGCCUCUGUGCUGUUGGGCCUUGAUCUUGGACUUCUGGUGGCCUUAGGAUUUGCCAUCCUGACUGUCAUCUACAGAACACAGAGCCCGAAGAGUGUGAUCCUGGGACAGGUCCUGGACACAGGCCUGUACUGUGACGUGGAUGAAUAUGAAAAAGCAGCUGAAUGCACAGGGAUUAAGAUUUUCCACUCAAACUCUUCAAUCUACUUUGCAAACAGUGACCUUUAUUUGAACGCCCUCAAAGAGAAGACAGGAGUGGACCCCGUACAUCUCCAGGCUAUACGGAAAGCCCGAAAAAGAAAACUGAAGAAGGAGAGCGCAGAGAGGGAGAGCCAAAACCACAAGUCACCACAAAAAAUGAAUGCUGUCGUCAAACUGGAUGUGGAGCUGGGCGUCACUCACGAAGUAGUGUCAGGGGGCGGCUCCCAGAACCACAUGGAGGUGCAGGGGAACGGACAGGUGGCCGAGACCCACACAGAGUCAGACUCUGAGGAGACCCGGUUCCUAGAGCCCCUCUGUCCUGUCCACACCCUCAUUCUGGACUGGACCCCCGUCAACUUCAUUGAUUCUGUGGGAGCCAAAGCAAUCAAGUUGGUGAUCAAGGAGUAUGCUGCUGUGGAUGUGUGUGUCUUCAUCGCCGGCUGCAGCAGAACUCUGCUGGCUGAACUCCGCACCCUGCACUUUUUCACCGGGGUCGUGACCCCAGAAAUGGUCUUCCCUACCGUCCAUGACGCCGUAUUGCACUGUCGGCGCCGGACUGCCCAGCCCACCAUCACUGCCAUCCAAUGACAUUGUCUGACUGGGGACAUCAAGGGGAAGGGGACACAUGCACCUAAGGCUGCUCUAAAGCCACUUUCACAUUGGCAGUUUGAAGUGACUCAAAUCCUUUAUUAUAUAUAAAUAUAUAAAUAAUUCAAAUCUGUUCCUUUUUUCCUGCAGUUUGAACAGGAAAUGGAUUAGGAUAUUUCUAGACACAUUUCAAACCACCUUCGUAGGUGGUUUGAAGUCAGAUAUAAAUCUGAUUCCUGGCCAUCUGACGUGUUUGAACGGUGAAAUCGGAUUUAUUUUCCCUCAAGGUGUUUUUAGACUGUUAUUUGGCAUCUCUUGAUGCUUGCUAGCUACUCUGACAAGAACGUGGUAGCUAACUAGCUUGUUAAUCGUUUAAAAUGAUUUUGAUUUUGAUCCUUCAAAGCAACUGGGAAACGUCCAUGGCAGGAGUCGUCACCUUCGCCUGCUACAUAACUUCUGAGUGCUAGGAAGCACAAACACCACCAAUCAGCCUACACCACUGCACACACACCUGUUGUUACUAUGAUAACUAGCAUAGCCAUGUCAGAAAAUGACUGCUGUCUGAACACAAACUAAUCUGAUUUGGUAACUUGAUGUUUGGACAGUCAGUAUUCCAAAAUGGAUUUAAAAAACUGAUAUGAGCAUUAAGGCCUGCAGUGUGAACAAGGCUUAGGUGACCCGGGGGAGUUCGGGCUGGAGACCUCCAACCAGCAGCAGUCUGAAUGCCCAUCUCCAAGUGUAACUUUUUGUUUGAAGCAGAGAUAAAUAUAUUUAAUAAAGAUGGGUUUGGUUUUAUUGCUAACAUUCCUACGGGCUGCAGCGUGCAGGACUCUUGGCGUUUUAUGCUAAGACCAAGUCACUGCAUCUUUGAAAUGGUUUCAAGCACUUGUGUUCUUCACAGCAUUGUCUCAAAGUAGAAGAGAAAUAGCAACAUUCAGGUUUCGGUCACAUGUUGAGUGCCGAGGGUCUUUUCAGAGCAUCCCCAUUAGUGGUUACAUUUGAGAUCCAGGAGAAAAACACUGAAUAGGCCCACCACUGUAGCUCUGUUGAACAGAUUACUGUGAUGUUUUUCUCAAAGAUUGGCCUCUUGUUACCCCUUUCCUGCUGAAUAUCUAAGAAAUGCAUCAUCAUUGUACAAAUCUACAAACUAAUCAGGAAGGCUACUUCACAGCUGUUACUGAUACUAUUCUUUCAAAUAAUCUGCUGUUUUGUCAAGUGUCAUUCAAUCAGUGAUAUGCAGUUGAAUUUACGAUAUGAAUAACCAGUCACUACAGCAGCUGAACACUGCGUUUGGUCCGAUUCAAGUCACUCAUCUAGUGCUGUAUGUUGUUGGUACAAAGCUAUGAAUUUGUACAUUUGAAGUUAACAAUAUUUUUGUGAUACUAUACCAUUCAAAUGGAUGGUUUAAAUGUACUGUACAUAUCUUACAGCUGAAGACUUUUACAUCAAUAAACAAUGCAGAUUUAUA